UGUGGUGGGGAUGGAUGGUGUGGUGGACAUGCAGGUUAUGGUGGAUACCAGGGUUGUCAUGGAGACAGAUUACAGUGGAUACGAGGUUAGUGUUGGAGGUGUGGUGGGGAUGGAUGGUGUGGUGGUCAUGCAGGUUAUGGUGGACAUCGGGGUUGUCAUGGAGACAGAUUACAGUGGAUACGAGGUUAGUGUUGGAGGUGUGGUGGGGAUGGACGGUGUGGUGGACAUGCAGGUUAUGGUGGAUACCAGGGUUGUCAUGGAGACAGAUUACAGUGGAUACGAGGUUAGUGUUGGAGGUGUGGUGGGGAUGGAUGGUGUGGUGGUCAUGCAGGUUAUGGUGGACAUCGGGGUUGUCAUGGAGACAGAUUACAGUGGAUACGAGGUUAGUGUUGGAGGUGUGGUGGGGAUGGACGGUGUGGUGGACAUGCAGGUUAUGGUGGAUACCAGGGUUGUCAUGGAGACAGAUUACAGUGGAUACGAGGUUAGUGUUGGAGGUGUGGUGGGGAUGGAUGGUGUGGUGGUCAUGCAGGUUAUGGUGGACAUCGGGGUUGUCAUGGAGACAGAUUACAGUGGAUACGAGGUUAGUGUUGGAGGUGUGGUGGGGAUGGACGGUGUGGUGGACAUGCAGGUUAUGGUGGAUACCAGGGUUGUCAUGGAGACAGAUUACAGUGGAUACGAGGUUAGUGUUGGAGGUGUGGUGGGGAUGGAUGGUGUGGUGGUCAUGCAGGUUAUGGUGGACAUCGGGGUUGUCAUGGAGACAGAUUACAGUGGAUACGAGGUUAGUGUUGGAGGUGUGGUGGGGAUGGACGGUGUGGUGGACAUGCAGGUUAUGGUGGAUACCAGGGUUGUCAUGGAGACAGAUUACAGUGGAUACGAGGUUAGUGUUGGAGGUGUGGUGGGGAUGGACGGUGUGGUGGACAUGCAGGUUAUGGUGGAUACCAGGGUUGUCAUGGAGACAGAUUACAGUGGAUACGAGGUUAGUGUUGGAGGUGUGGUGGGGAUGGAUGGUGUGGUGGUCAUGCAGGUUAUGGUGGACAUCGGGGUUGUCAUGGAGACAGAUUACAGUGGAUACGAGGUUAGUGUUGGAGGUGUGGUGGGGAUGGACAGUGUGGUGGACAUGCAGGUUAUGGUGGAUACCAGGGUUGUCAUGGAGACAGAAUACAGUGGAUAUGAGGUUAGUGUUGGAGGUGUGGUGGAGAUGGACGGUGUGGUGGACAUGCAGGUUAUGGUGGAUACCAGGGUUGUCAUGGAGACAGAUUACAGUGGAUACGAGGUUAGUGUUGGAGGUGUGGUGGGGAUGGACGGUGUGGUGGACAUGCAGGUUAUGGUGGAUACCAGGGUUGUCAUGGAGACAGAUUACAGUGGAUACGAGGUUAGUGUUGGAGGUGUGGUGGAGAUGGACAGUGUGGUGGACAUGCAGGUUAUGGUGGAUACCAGGGUUGUCAUGGAGACAGAUUACAGUGGAUACGAGGUUAGUGUUGGAGGUGUGGUGGGGAUGGAUGGUGUGGUGGUCAUGCAGGUUAUGGUGGACAUCGGGGUUGUCAUGGAGACAGAUUACAGUGGAUACGAGGUUAGUGUUGGAGGUGUGGUGGGGAUGGACGGUGUGGUAGACAUGCAGGUUAUGGUGGAUACCAGGGUUGUCAUGGAGAUAGAUUACAGUGGAUACGAGGUUAGUGUUGGAGGUGUGGUGGAGAUGGAUGGUGUGGUGGACAUGCAGGUUAUGGUGGACAUCGGGGUUGUCAUGGAGACAGAUUACAGUGGAUACGAGGUUAGUGUUGGAGGUGUGGUGGAGAUGGACGGUGUGGUGGACAUGCAGGUUAUGGUGGAUACCAGGGUUGUCAUGGAGACAGAUUACAGUGGAUACGAGGUUAGUGUUGGAGGUGUGGUGGAGAUGGAUGGUGUGGUGGACAUGCAGGUUAUGGUGGAUACCAGGGUUGUCAUGGAGACAGAUUACAGUGGAUACGAGGUUAGUGUUGGAGGUGUGGUGGGGAUGGAUGGUGUGGUGGACAUGCAGGUUAUGGUGGAUACCAGGGUUGUCAUGGAGACAGAUUACAGUGGAUACGAGGUUAGUGUUGGAGGUGUGGUGGGGAUGGAUGGUGUGGUGGUCAUGCAGGUUAUGGUGGAUACCAGGGUUGUCAUGGAGACAGAUUACAGUGGAUACGAGGUUAGUGUUGGAGGUGUGGUGGGGAUGGACGGUGUGGUGGACAUGCAGGUUAUGGUGGAUACCAGGGUUGUCAUGGAGACAGAUUACAGUGGAUACGAGGUUAGUGUUGGAGGUGUGGUGGGGAUGGACGGUGUGGUGGACAUGCAGGUUAUGGUGGAUACCAGGGUUGUCAUGGAGACAGAUUACAGUGGAUACGAGGUUAGUGUUGGAGGUGUGGUGGAGAUGGACAGUGUGGUGGACAUGCAGGUUAUGGUGGAUACCAGGGUUGUCAUGGAGACAGAUUACAGUGGAUACGAGGUUAGUGUUGGAGGUGUGGUGGGGAUGGACGGUGUGGUGGACAUGCAGGUUAUGGUGGAUACCAGGGUUGUCAUGGAGACAGAUUACAGUGGAUACGAGGUUAGUGUUGGAGGUGUGGUGGGGAUGGAUGGUGUGGUGGUCAUGCAGGUUAUGGUGGACAUCGGGGUUGUCAUGGAGACAGAUUACAGUGGAUACGAGGUUAGUGUUGGAGGUGUGGUGGGGAUGGACGGUGUGGUGGACAUGCAGGUUAUGGUGGAUACCAGGGUUGUCAUGGAGACAGAUUACAGUGGAUACGAGGUUAGUGUUGGAGGUGUGGUGGGGAUGGAUGGUGUGGUGGACAUGCAGGUUAUGGUGGACAAGGGGUUGUCAUGGAGACAGAUUACAGUGGAUACGAGGUUAGUGUUGGAGGUGUGGUGGAGAUGGACAGUGUGGUGGACAUGCAGGUUAUGGUGGAUACCAGGGUUGUCAUGGAGACAGAUUACAGUGGAUACGAGGUUAGUGUUGGAGGUGUGGUGGGGAUGGACGGUGUGGUGGACAUGCAGGUUAUGGUGGAUACCAGGGUUGUCAUGGAGACAGAUUACAGUGGAUACGAGGUUAGUGUUGGAGGUGUGGUGGGGAUGGAUGGUGUGGUGGUCAUGCAGGUUAUGGUGGACAUCGGGGUUGUCAUGGAGACAGAUUACAGUGGAUACGAGGUUAGUGUUGGAGGUGUGGUGGAGAUGGACGGUGUGGUGGACAUGCAGGUUAUGGUGGAUACCAGGGUUGUCAUGGAGACAGAUUACAGUGGAUACGAGGUUAGUGUUGGAGGUGUGGUGGAGAUGGAUGGUGUGGUGGACAUGCAGGUUAUGGUGGACAUCGGGGUUGUCAUGGAGACGGAUUACAGUGGAUAUGAGGUUAGUGUUGGAGAUGGAGGUGUGGUGGAGAUGGGGUUUGUGGUAGGGUUGUUGUGGCAAUGGAGGUUGUGGUGGAGGUGGGAGUUGUGGUGGAGGUGAGCGUUGUAGAUGGACAUUAUGGCGGACAUGGAGGUUCUGGUGGACAUGGGGGUGUGGUGGAGGUGAGACGGGAAUUUUUGUGGAGAUGGAGGUUGAGGUGGAAUUUGUUGUGGAAAUGGGAGUCUGUGGAGACGAGAUGAGAGUUGUGGAGUUGGGUGUGGUGUAGAUGGAGGCUGUGGUGUAGACAGAGGUUGUGGUGGACGUGAGGGUUAUGGUGGAGAUGAGAUGGGGACUGUGUUGGAGAUGGAGUUUGUGUUGGAGAUGGAGGUUGUGGUGUAGACGGAGGUUGUGGUGGACAUGAGGGUUGUGGUGUAGACGGAGGUUGUGGUGGACUUGAGGGUUGUGGUGGAGAUGAGGUGGGGCCUGUGGUGUAGACAGAGGCUGUGGUGUAGACGGAGGUUGUGGUGGAUGUGAGUGUUGUGGUGGAGAUGAGGUGGGGACUGUGGUGUAGAUGGAGGCUGUGGUGUAGACGGAGGUUGUGGUGGAUGUGAGGGUUGUGAUGGAGAUGGAGGUUGUGGUGUAGACGGAGGUUGUGGUGGACGUGAGGGUUGUGAUGGAGAUGGAGGUUGUGGUGGACGUGAGGGUUGUGGUGUAGACGGAGGUUGUGGUGUAGAUGGAGGCUGUGGUGUAGAUGGAGGUUGUGGUGGACGUGAGGGUUGUGGUGGAGAUGAGGCGGGGACUGUGGUGUAGACGGAGGUUGUCACGGGAAUGAAGGAUGGGAUGGAGACAGAAUGUUAGAGUGAAGGCUGUAGCUCUGAGGGCUGUGGGAGGAUGGAGGCUGUGGUGGAUAUAGGUGUUGCCAUAGAGACAGAGCAUGUGUUGGCGAGGGGUUGGUGGUGGAGAUGGAGGAUGCUGUGGGAAUGGGGCUUGUGGGGGGAACAGGGCUGUAGUGCAGGUGGGAGCUGUGGUGGAGACAGGCUGUGGUGAGUUGGGUCCUGUGGUAGAGACAGACUGUGGUGGAGGUGGAGGCCGUUGUGUAGAUAGGAUGAGGGCGGCGGUGGGGAGGGAGGUUCUGGUAGGAACAGGGUUGUUGUACGGAUGAGAUGAGAGUUGUGGUGAGACGCGGGUUGCGGUGGGGAUAGAGAUUGUGGUUGACCUGGGUGGGGGCUGUGGUGGAGAUGAUGUUGGGAUUGUGGUGGAGAUGAGGUUUCGGUGGAGAUGAGAUGGGGGCUGUGGUGGAGAUGGAGGGAGUGGUUAGGGUGAGAUGGGAGGUGCAUGUGUGGGUUUUGUGGAGAUGGGUUUGUUGAUAUUGAUAGAGGUUGUGGUGGAGAUGGAGGUUCUGGUGGAGUUGGGUUUGGUGGGAAUGAGAUGGGAUUUUGGUGGGUGCAGAGUUGUUAGGGAGAUGAGGUUGUGGUAGUGAUGACAUGAGGUUUGCUGUGGGGGUGCAGGUCCUGGUGGGGGUGCAGU